AUGGCUGUUGUUGUAAGACAGUAUAACAAGAUGGUGGACCAGGCUACAAACAAGAGCUCUGCUGAUAAUCCAGUAAAGGAUGUGAAGGUAGACAUUGAUGGGGAAAAGCCUCCCCUGGAAAAGAGUUUAAAGACCAAAAGGUCGCUCCAGAAAUGGAAGAGCUUUCCCAACAGCGCGAACAACUCUUAUAGGGGGGGUACACCUAGGAGCAAAAAAUGGGCGAAGGACAUGUACUCAGACAUCCUUCAGAUAGAUGGAAACCCACUUCCACAGCCCCCUGAAGAAGAAGAAGCUGUCGGCUUAAUAACGAUGGAAGAUGUCAUUGAAGAGCUUUUACAGGAGGAGAUCUUCGAUGAGACAGAUCACCAUUUUGAGGAUUCAUGA